AGAGUGGGAGCCCUCGGAGAAAGUGCUGCAGGUGUGAGCAGGGUGGAACUCACUGAAGAAAGCACUGAAGAAAUGGAGAGUCCUUCAAGUACAGAGCAAGAUGGUCCUGAGACCCUGGCACCAGGAGGCUGUCCCAACUCAAAGCCUCUCGUUCCCCUAACGAGCUCCAACCCUCCUGAAGUGUGCAGCCUCGACCUGAACCCCUCGUGCUCAAGCCCAGCACCCGUGGACAUGGACUGCUUGGUCUGCUUCAACAAGUACAACAUCUACCGGGUGCCCAAGCUCCUGGAGUGCCAGCACAGCUUCUGUGCUGUCUGCCUCAAGCUGAUCCUGCGCCGGGAGCAGAGCACCUGGCUCAUCACCUGCCCCCUCUGCAGGAAGGCCACCAUGGUGUCUGGAGGCCUCAUCCGAACGCUGCAGAACAAAGAAGACAUCAUGGAGCACUUGGAAAGCCCCGAGUCCAACCUGGAGGUGCACAUCUCUGCCCUAGGGCUGGACAGCAACAGCUGGACUCUGAGCAGCCAGGAUGCUCUGCACAGGGAGGAAGCUGCCCCAGCAGACAACAGAGUGGCUGUGCGCAGGCUGGUGCUGCUCCUGCUGCUGCUGGUGAUCCUCACCAUCCUCAUCCUCCCGUUUGUGUACUCUGGGCUGAUCAAAUGGGUGAUCUGCCUCAUGCUUACUCUGGGGGUGGUCAUGUCAAUGGUGCUUUGCUGCACUCCUAAACUCUACUGGAGGUGUAACAGGGACUCGCUCUCCUCUUGCCACAAGGAGACUCACAUCGCUGCUAUUGCCUGAGGCCACCCACCAGUGCUGCCAGAGACUGUGGGCUGGUUCUGCUGGAAAAGCUGAGCCUCAGGUGCCAGGCAGUGCCAGGACUUUGAAAGCAAUAAUUCAUGUCAUGAAUUCAAGAGGUAUCUCAACAGCAGUGCACUGAGUGGUUCAGUUUUAUUACCGGCAACACUGUCAACUAUUUAUAUUU